AUGUCCCGCAAAUCCUGUGUGGCGGGAGGGGCGAAGGGGGCAUGCAUGUGGGUGCAGGAGUGCAACAGAGUGGGCGGCAGGCAUGCUGGCGUCUGCGUCGAUGGCUUCAUGUUCGGCUCUUGCUGCCGGCUGCCGGAUAAGCCGGUGAAUGUUGAAGAACCCCCGCCGCCAGUCAUAGUCACCGAGAAAAUAUAUACAACGCCAUCUAGUACAGCUCACACUACAACUCAACCGCCAGAGACAUCGACACAAACCAUCUCGCGACCGAACUGGCAAACGCAGCGGCCGUCGUUCAUGACCAAACCGAUAGAUGGCGCCCCCACGUCCUACAGCUACCGGCCGCCAGAAAUAAACUUACCUUCAUUAGGAAAUUUAGAUUCAAGUAGCGAACAAAAUAGUGAUAUAGUUAAUAAAAUACCUUAUAACAGUGUAAAUAAAUACCAAAAUGUAAAUAGGCCGAACAGUGAAGCGGAAACUAGUCCCCACAAUAAGAUUUCGUCUAGUCUUAGCAUAUUAUCUGGAGCGCGGCCGAUGGCCGUCUCGGAGCAGCAUUCUGAUAACAGCAUUAACCCAGGUCAAUACAAUUCAAGACCCAGCAACCUGAACACGAUACAUUGGCAGGGCACAACCGAGCCUUCAUUCAUCACAAAGCCUCGACCUUCUUGGGAGAAACCAGCGGGGAAGCCGAAGCCAACUAAGAAGUUCACCACGACGACCAGCAAGCCACAUAAGAAUUAUAUCAAGCCGAAGGAUCCGGCGCUGAAUAUGAUUAACAGGACCGAGGAGUCCACUGCAGCGCCUAUUCAGACGACGGCUGCUACUAAUACUGUCGAAUGUGGUCUAACAGCAAUGUGGCCCCGUCCAGAAUCCCGUAUCAUGGGCGGCAAGGACUCCAGCUUCGGUCGCUGGCCAUGGCAGGUGUCUGUCAGGAGAACUUCUUACUUCGGGUUCUCUUCCACGCAUAGGUGUGGGGGCGCCAUUAUCAACGAAGGCUGGAUCGCUACAGCUGGACAUUGUGUUGAUGACCUCCUAACAUCGCAAAUAAGGAUCCGAGUGGGCGAAUACGAUUUCUCAUCCGUAUCAGAAGAAUACCCAUUCGUAGAGAGUGGAGUAGCCAGGAAGGCUGUUCAUCCUAAAUACAACUACUACACUUAUGAAUAUGACUUGGCUCUGGUGAAGUUAGAGGCUCCAGUGCAGUUCGCUCCUCAUAUAUCUCCUAUAUGUCUCCCGGCAACUGAUGACCUGUUAGUGGGGGAGAAUGCUACGGUCACUGGUUGGGGAAGGCUAUCAGAAGGCGGUGUGUUACCAUCGGUUCUUCAAGAGGUGCAAGUACCAAUAGUAUCGAACGAGCGAUGUAAGUCGAUGUUCCUGAGGGCUGGCAGACAGGAGUUCAUUCCAGACAUCUUCCUCUGCGCUGGACAUGAGAGAGGAGGACACGACUCCUGUCAAGGAGAUUCAGGUGGACCUUUGCAGGUCAAAGGAAAAGAUCAGCGGUAUUUCUUAGCUGGAAUCAUCAGCUGGGGCAUCGGAUGCGGGGAAGCGAACCUCCCAGGUGUUUGCACUAGGAUAUCAAAAUUCGUUCCUUGGAUUUUGCAAACAGUCAACUCUUAGGUCUAACCUUGAAGAGAUAGUGGAACGUUCAGUGACAAAGUGAUGAACAGUGACUCGAAACGAAUUCGUUACAAGUGCAGCAUAAGUUACCUUCAAAAAUGUUGAUUGGAUUCAACGUUUUCUGAGGCGUUUAAUUAGGAAUAUCUCGCCAGGAGCUUGCAGAACUCGUGAUGGCGAGAUUCUGCAUCAACCGGGAACGGAGCUUCAUAAUGGUGAUAUUUUUAAGCUUCACAAUAAACGCCCUGAUGACUGCUUUGAGGCUGUAGAACUUGAGCAACGUGUAUUUGAUGCUGAUCUUAUUAUACAAACAAAUAAUAAGUGGUAACAUGCUAGUAUUUGUAGUACUUGCUGCAACGAUGAAAAUACUACUAGGAAUAAAAAGCACACAGUCAAAAACGCAGGAAAUUCGUCGUAGCGUGCAGAGGUAUAGGCACAUUGGAUUGGUAAACGUAUUUGACCUGCAGCCGAAAUGGCUAACGUGCUUGACAGUUUUAGGUACUUUAAAAGCUAAAAAGCGGGUACCGUUUAGCUUUAUUGACAAAUUAAAGAACUUAUUUAAAUGAAUUUUAAGUUGUAGUAAAAUCAGUAUCAAUAUACAACUACUUGGCCUUAUAAUAUGCACUUGAAACAAUUCUUUGUAAAUACAAUCUAUUUUAAAAUCGUUUUUAUCUAAAUUAGUUUAACUUAAUACAUUCUAAGGUAAACCUGUAUGCUCAAACGUAUUGUAAAUAUAUUUGCGUAUGUAUCUUGCCGUUUUAAUUAAGUUUGUAUUAUUAAUACAGUAUUAUUGACUUGCUUGCUGUUAGGAUCGCCUGUUUUGUAAAUAUUAACAGAUUGUUUUGGCUCCUUGAAAGAAAUGUAGUGUUUUAUAAGAGGAAGGAUGACGAGCCAUCGAAAGAUUGUAAUAAGUCAAAAUAAAAUUGAUUACUUUUAAAGUAACAAUGAUGAACAAAUUGGUGCUUAGAAUUUAGACAUGAUUCAAGAUGAUGCAAAACAGUUUUAGAAUCAUAUUUGUAAAUAAAUUGGUUAUUUUGUUAGCGUCUGAUUGUAAUAUACUAUUGAAUUUAACACUUUUAUACUUAUCAUAGUUUGUAUUAAUAUAUUUUUGUAAAUUGAUAUUAAUUAACUUGUUAUAUACAAAGGGGAUGAAUGUGAAUAUUACCAAAUCGCGCAUUGUUAUACUGCAUUUAGUAAAAUAUCGUCACUUCAAUGAUGUUUGUUUGUUUGUUUGGUUAACUAUUGCGAUUUUAUUAAAUGAUAGUUUAUGAUGUCGUUGAUUGUUUCAUAAUAAUAUUAUUGUUAAUAAUUAUUAAAAUAUAUUUUUUGUAAA